AACAGCAACAUGUCCUCCUCCAAUGAGUCCCUUGGUCCUUCGGCUUUCUUCCUGACUGGCUUUCCAGGGCUGGAAAAUUAUCAUGUCUGGAUCUCCAUCCCCAUCUGCUCCAUGUACUUUGUGGCCAUCGCUGGGAACUGCACCAUCCUCUUCAUCAUCAGGACAGACCAAACCCUCCACGAGCCCAUGUACUACUUCCUGUCCAUGCUGGCGCUUUCAGACCUGGGCUUGUCUUCUGCCACUUUGCCCACCAUGCUGAGUGUCCUCUGGUUCAACCACCGCGUGAUCCACUUCGAUGCCUGCCUGAUUCAGAUGUACCUCAUCCACACCUUCUCCAUUGUUGAGUCUGGCAUUCUACUCUCCAUGGCCUUUGACCGCUUGGUGGCCAUCCGCAACCCGCUGAGAUACACGGCUAUCCUGACCAACGAAGCCAUCCGCAGAAUUGGGGUGGGCGUUUUCCUCCGGGCUGCCAUUCUGGUCUUCCCAGCUUCCUUCCUCCUGAAGAGACUGCAGUAUGGGAGAAGAAACAUGCUCUCCUAUUCGUUCUGUUUGCACCAGGAUAUCCUGAAGGUGGUGCGCUCAGACAGGAGAACGAGCAGCAUCUAUGGCUUGAUGGUGGUGCUUUCCUCCAUGACUAUUGACUCGGUGUUACUCAUUGUGUCGUAUAUCAUGAUCCUCCAAACUGUGCUGAGCAUCGCCUCCAAGAUGGAGCGACUACGGGCCCUGAAUACUUGCAUCUCCCACAUCUGUGCUGUCUUCACUUUUUAUGUACCCAUGAUUGGCCUCUCUAUGAUCCACCGAUAUGGGAAAAAUGCUCCACCCGUUGUUCACAUCCUCAUGGCCAACGUCUACCUUCUGGUGCCACCCCUCAUGAACCCUAUUGUGUACAGUGUGAAAACGAAACAAAUUCGAACACGGAUAGUUAAAAAGUUCCGGAAGGAUGAAGGGUCAAGGAGGAAGGGCAGAGAGCGCGGGCAGCGCUCUCUGUCUCUCUCACUGCCGCUGCUGCCGUGCCACUUGUCCCUGCUGGUGCGGGCAGCACACGGGCAGUGGCGGCAGCAAGAGAGCUCUCGUGUGCGCCGCAGCCGCUGCUGCCCCUGUGCUGCCAGCGCCGGCGGAGACAAGGGGUGCGGCGGCGGCGAGAGAGAGAGCAGGCUGUGGCCACCGCAGUUUGCUCCCUCGCCGCCACUGCCCCUGUGCUGCCCGCGCUGGCAUGGACAAGGGGCGCGGCGGCACCGUCGACGAGAGAGCAAGCCGUGGCCACCACAGCUUGCUCUCUUGCUGCCACCACCGCUGCACUCCUCGACCCUGCUGGCGCUGGCUGCAGAGCGCCAGCGGCGGCGGUGGUGA